GCGGAUAGAUGAGUGUGCCGGUGAAUUCCGUCCCCCCCAUCCCCCAUCCCCCAUCCCCUACGGUGAUGGCUGCUCUGCGCGCGCUGCGACGACCGUUACUGGCGCUGGGCGGGCGGCCGGCCGCGCCCUCAGCAGCCCGCCCCGCUUACAGGCUCAUGAGCAGCCUGCACUCCGCCGAUGAUGUGGUGAACGGGCUGACCGAGGAGCAGAAACAGCUUCGGCAGAUGGUUCAGAAAUUUUGCCAGGACCAUCUCACUCCCAAAGCCCAGGAGAUUGACCAGAAGAAUGAGUUCCCAGAGCUGAAGGAGUUCUGGAAGCAGCUUGGUAACCUUGGAGUUCUUGGGAUCACUGCACCUGUGGAGUAUGGCGGGUCUGGAGGUGGAUACCUGGAUCAUGUCCUGGUUAUGGAGGAAAUAAGCCGUGCGUCGGCUGCCAUCGGCCUCAGUUAUGGAGCACAUUCCAACCUGUGUAUCAAUCAGCUGGUGAGGAACGGGAACGAAGAGCAGAAGCAGAAAUACUUACCCAAGUUAAUCAGUGGCGAGCAUAUAGGGGCUCUUGCAAUGAGUGAGCCAAAUGCAGGAUCGGAUGUCGUCUCAAUGAAAUUGAAGGCAGAGAAGAAAGGUGAUUACUAUGUUCUCAAUGGCAACAAGUUCUGGAUUACCAAUGGGCCUGAUGCUGAUGUCCUCAUUGUUUAUGGCAAAACGGACAUUAAUGCCAAGCCGGCUUCCCGUGGUAUCACCACGUUCAUUGUGGAGAAGGGCAUGCCUGGAUUCAGUACAGCUCAGAAGCUGGAUAAACUGGGAAUGAGAGGCUCCAACACGUGUGAGCUAAUCUUUGAAGACUGCAAAGUGCCAGCCAAAAAUAUCUUGGGAGAAUUGAACAAAGGAGUCUAUGUUUUGAUGAGUGGUCUCGACUUGGAGCGACUUGUGCUGUCUGCUGGCCCUCUUGGCAUCAUGCAGGCCGUCCUGGACCAUGCUCUCCCUUACUUGCAUGUCCGAGAGGCUUUUGGUCAGAAGAUUGGAGAGUUUCAGCUGUUACAAGGCAAGAUGGCUGACAUGUAUACCAACCUGAGUGCCUGCAGGCAGUACGUAUACAACGUGGCAAGAGCUUGUGACAUGGGACACAUGAGUGCAAAGGAUUGUGCUGGUGUGAUUCUCUAUGCGGCAGAGGCAGCUACUAAAGUCGCCCUGGAUGGCAUUCAGUGUCUAGGCGGCAAUGGAUACAUCAAUGACUACCCUAUGGGUCGCUUUCUACGAGAUGCCAAGCUGUAUGAAAUAGGAGCUGGAACCAGUGAAGUCAGGAGACUCAUCAUUGGGAGAGCAUUUAACGCCAUUUAUAAAUAACCUAAUUUCCCAACCACUCCCUAAAGACAAGGCCUCGUAUGUGUCUCUUCAUUCUACACAUUGCACAACUUAGUGCAUUGUGGCAAUAUUUCAUUAACUUUUUAAGAUGUGUAUACCCGUUGUAUUUUGAAGUGCCUUGGACUCUAUCAGGACAUCCAACGUUCAUAGAAAUAUCAGUUGCAAGGCUAGAAUUGUGGUAAAAUCAUGAAUAUUGACUUCCAUUGAACACAAAUAUUCGAUUGAACAGGAAGGAGAGCAUUCUGCAAUUAGCAGAGCAACAGGAUGCUCUAUGCAAUACAAAAAUUGGUUCUGCAUCAUCACUUUGGUCUGUUGGUUAAUGUGCUGUGUGAUGUUUUAUUAAUUUGCAGACGAGAAAUGAAAUGCAAAUGUCACAGAAUUAUCCCUCUGCAGCACCUCAUACUUAUGUGACAGGAUUAUUCAGUGUUGCUGGUGCAGUUGCACAUAAUCUAUACAUACCACCUUUCCUUCAGGAUCUCAUUGUACUUUUCAAGUGUUCAGCUGUCACUGUUGCAAAAACUAGAAUGCGAGAGUCAGCAGAUGGUUGACUUUCCUUCCAGAGCAGCGACAAAGUUGCAAGCUGUCCAAAGUGGGCCCCCCUUUGUUCAAAAUAAUAAAUGCAACCCCAUCUCCCCUGGCGUUGCUCACAAUAGGUCAGAGGGUUUCAGCAGAGUUGUACUCUGUAUCACUCAUUAUAUUAUCCUGCUGUAGUGGAAUUUUGUAUAUAAGUAACCUUCACCUCAAGACUGGAAGGUCUCUGCACAACCUGAGAUCAGUCAGAGUUAUAUCAUUAAAAUGGGAAGUGCUUGAUUCAAGACCAGAAAACAGCAUUUAAUCUUGCUACUACAUAACAUUUCAGAGUGAGAUAUCCCACUUGUGACAGGCUCUGGAAAGUGAAUGAGCUUUAUCCAAUUUUUACUUUUAAUGCUGGUUUUAUUCAAUCUGGGGGUGUGGGUGUCACAGGCAGGACAGGCAUUUAUUGCCCAUGCCUAGUUGGUGGUGGUAGCUCGUCUUUGAACCAUGAUUUUGAUACAACCAAGUGUCUUGGCAAGACUCUUCAGUUCCUAUUCAACCAUGUUGGUGCAGGUCAGGAGUCAUGUGUAAGGUAGAUUAGGUAAAAACUGCAGGUGUUGUUCUGUUGGAUACCUUUUUGGAUUUUGUUUCAGAUAUCUGUGUGUUUUUUUUUAUGUGGUCUCAGUCGUGAAUAACAACUGCGAGGUCUGAUUUCUGUCCUGGAGGAACAGGAUGUUUGCGAGAAAGUCAGUGACACACAUACCAAGGAGCGAGAGAGAACCUGCUCACUGCUUCAUGUCACGUCUCCACACUAACUAUCAACCUCACAAUUAGACUCCUAAACUUGGGAAUCUUAAAAAGUGCUGAGGAACAAGCUCUUGGUGUUCAAUUUGUUUAUUAUUAAGGCAUGUUCACUGCUGUUGCAACCCAGUGCAUUUUGCAGGAAGCCAUUGAGCUGGUGGGAUCUAUGAGUAGAGUAACACGUUGUCAACCCAGCUCCUGUUGUACAAAUGUUGGCUGGAACUGCAGCUGUACUAGAUGGUAAUAGUAAAGCAGGGUCUGUUUUAUCUUCUGUUUGUUUUUAUAAGGUGAUCAACAGCUUGCCUUUUAUAUCACACCUUUAAACAGUAAAAUGUCCAAAGGUGCUCCAAAGAAGCGUAAUGAGCCAGUCAUUUGAUACAGCCUCAGGAGGAAGCAUGACAAGUGGUGACCAAGUACUUUGAUCAAAGAGGUAGGUUUUAAACAGCAACUUUUAAAAGCAAAGAGGGAUGGAUAGCUAAUUCCAAAGGUUAAAGCCUUAAGCAGCUGAAGGCAUGGCAAGUUAAUGGGAACAUGGAACAUAGGCACAGGAAUGCACAAAAUCAUCUUGGAUAAAAUUAAAAUUAGUGUUUAAUUUUCCAGGUUCUCUUAUUCCCAAAUGAACCUGCCUAUUCUUGAGAGAAAUGUAACAAAACUGGACUUCGAAGAAGAAUAAACUGUGAUAGAUUCAAGCCUCCAAACCUUUUACAGCUCCAUCUUUGUCUUUUUAGAUAUUCAAUGUGUCUUGCCUGCAAGUGGUUAAAUUUCUAUUAAAUUAUAUUUCCUUUCAGUAUAUCCUGCAGCUCUUAUCAUUUGGGAAGCUUAACACGUAGAAACCCACCUGUCACCAGUUCUGGAGUUUCUAGUUGUAACCUGCCAAGAAGCGUGUGAUGCACAAUGUGAAAGCCAUGUAACAGGAGUGUAUAAGUGUGGGCUGAGGGGAAAGAAUAGAGAAGCUAAAAUUCUUCAAUCUGGAGGUGGGGGUGGGUGAGGGAGAGGGAGAUUAAUUUCACUGAAGUAUAAAGUAUAUAAAAUGAUUUGCACUCAGAACAUUGCUUCAGGGUAAGUCAACGAGCUGAAUAGACGGGAUUGUGCGUAAAGGAGCGACAAGACCAUUUACCAGAGAGAUGAACUGAACCCUCUGCUUGCUGUGGUCAUCUGUAUAACCAUUGGUGAAAUCUGGCUGCAUGCAACACUGUGAAAUCUGCUCACUUGUGCACUGUGCCACUUGUACUGUUCCUUGUGACUGACUCUCUCUCUCUCUCUCUCUCACACACACACACACACACACACACACACACACACACACACACACACACACACACACACUAUACACAAUGGGUCUAAAUGCAAGGUUACCUACUCUAGUUUGAAGUUACAUUGUUUGACUACCCUGCAUUCCCAUCGGUGGUCACGCCUUUCCGCAAAGAAUUCCUUCAUAACCCGAUUCAAUAAAUCUUGAAUGUCAAAGCAUUUUAUUUCAAUCUCCGAUAUUGUUAUAACAAUUAAUGUGAUGAUUAUAUAAAAUGAUGAAUCACUUUUAUGCCCCCUUGAUGUUUCUCUAGAUUUGUCUGCAGCACUCUAGUCCUAACCCUAACCCGAACCCUACUGCAGAUUUGCAACCCUAGUCUGCUGUGAAUGGUUGUAUAUAUAUCAAAGUUGAAAGAUCAGGUGCUCUUGAGGAUAGAUUGUUUGAAGCAUUCAUCAAUGAACUCUUUUGUCUCAGGUCAUUCACUCUUGAUUCUUGGAUAGGUGGUGCUUGAUUUACUAAUCUGAACUAUGUCUACAGUCAGAUUAAAGAAGCAUUUUAGGAGGCAUUUAGCUGUGGGUUGUCCUGACAUGGAUGGAAUUAUAUCCGAAGAGACUGGAGAGUGAUGAUAAAAAAUGUGAUGUCUUCAUGUGGUGAUGGUAUCUGAUGACCUCUUUAUUUGGGUCACAGAGCGCUACAGAUACCUUUAAUGUUCAAAAAAACUCAGUUCCUUCUCUGUCAAUAAAUACCUACAUUCAGCAGCAAGCGUUAAUGUCACACUUUGAAGAGUAAAAUACCCCAAGACAUUCGCAGGGAGUUAUCAAAUACAAUUUAAUAAUGUACCACAUAAAAUAAUGAGGGCAAAUGACCAGAAAUGUGGUCAACAAGGUAAGGUUGUAAGGAAUAUCUUAAUGGAGAAAAAGAGAAGUUGAGAGAUACACAGAGGGGAUUCCAGAAUUGGGGCUUUUCACUCGGCAGUAAAUAACUCAUGCAUACUUAUUGUUUAACUUACUGCUGGAUGUCUGUUUAACUUGAAUGGACCUAAUCUGUAAUAACUUCAGAUUUGGAUAUAGUCUUGUUGCUUGUAGUUGCAUUCAUUCUGAAUGACAACACCAAUGUGAUCUCCUAUCAGGGAAUUACUUUUAAUCAUUGAAUGCUCUGUGGGAUAUUUAUGAGGAGACUAUGGAUGUGAUUAUACAGUUGAUUCAAUAAAAGCUAUGUGCAACAUC